AUGUACGACGAUUCUUGGUACAGCUUCGUGCCGGAGGUGGCCAAGAAAGCUAGCACGGCUGCCCAAGGCCCAGGCCAUCGUCGCAAAGAGUCGCUGUUGCAACAGUCCAAUGCUCUCGACGAAAUCUUCGAAGAGAUUGAAGACCGAAACACACCCCCGGAAGCCGAGGUCUUGCGCCGCGCAAAGUCCUAUUCGGACUUCUACCACGUCGUUCGGGCCCAAUUAGCUAAGGAUGAGCAACACAAGAGGCGCAGGCGGAAGAAGGAAAAGACAUGGGAUGCGCUAGAUAUUGCGACAGACGUUGCCGAAUCCAAGACCGGACCUCGCCCGGUUCAUCGCCAGUACGAGGGGGAACUGCUUGAGGCUAGUCAGCAAGAAUACCUACUGUACAAGGACCAACUGACGCUCACGGAACGGCAUCUCGACAUGCUCAUCGACGAUACCAACCAAGCGCUCAAGCUGUUGACAACAUUGUCUGAAUCGUUCCAAUCCGUCGAAGCACAGACGAGUUCGUUCCAGUCGCAGUGCGAGGACCUAUUGUCGGAACAGCACAGGCUCGAGAAACUUGCAGACGAGGUCGGCACUGAUCUUCACUUCUACGCAUACCUCGAUAAUGUCUCUAGGAGACUCAAUGCUCCUGGCGCUGGACGUCUGGUUGAUGAUGAAUCUUUCGGCGAGAUCUUGAGGAACCUAGAUUCUUGUAUCGGCUUCAUGUCGAAACACACGACGUACCGUGACGCCGAGUCCUAUCUGGCUCGAUACGAGGCUUUGCUGACCAAGGCACUCCAUCUUCUCGAGGUCGGUUUCACCAAUAGACUGGAGAGCAUCUCCUCCGAGAUCGCAAGCCAGAUUGUUGGCACCAAGUCCGAGGCCACCCGUCAUGCUUUGGCAUACGGGCGUUUCGAGGAGAUGAUUCUUGAUUCUUACUCUCUAAUCCCUAAUAUCCACAAAGUGAUCAACAGCGUGUACGACGAAUACGGGCUUCCGAUCACUGGCGUUGCCAAGGACAUCUACUCGAAUACCACGAGCAAUCUCUUCAGCUCUUACCUGGCUGUUCGAGACCGCGACUUGAAGCCCAUAGUGCAGCACGACCAGGACGAGUUCAAAAAGGAGAUCAAAGAUCUUUCCGUCGAGACAGCUUCGAGGAAUUACAUCAAGCAGAGCUUCGAACGCGCGUUCAAUGAAGCCAAUCUAUUCGCCAAAAUCUUCGGUCUGGAUCUACAGUGGAGCUCCGAUCCGGAGUCGGCAUAUGGGGUCCUCAAGUCUAACCAGAGGUCGCUCGUCAACCCCGCGAAUCUCGUCCAGUUGGCCGCCAAUCUCAAUGCUGCACUGCAGACUGCGGACCUCGACACGAUCUGUAGUGUGGUCGGCUGGCUGACCAAUGAGUAUCUGGUUCUCGACUACGACGAGGAAGAAUCUCCCUUCGCGCGUCAAUGCCGUGAACUCAGUGCCAGACUCUUGACCGAACAUUUAUGGGUCUUUACAGACAACGCAUUUGAGGCGGAGAUCACAAAGACGAUCGCCAAGGCCACGGUUAAAGAUGAGUCUCUUACUAUCGGCCCAGUGGUCGGCGGCGUUUCUUCUUCAAAUGCCUUCCCCCCAGUUAAGCAAGCGCUCAAGCUUUUGGCCAAGUAUGACCAAGCCAUGCCCAAGGAACGAAGUCAAAAGAACAGCCAGGUCAUCUUCAAGAUCGUCCGGGAAACUAUUCAGAUACUACAACGCGCCGAGGCGCGGAUCAAAUCCAUCAAGGCAGGCACGGACGCCGAUCUGUUCAUGGUGAAGAACCUCCUCAUCAUCAAAAACGAGCUCGUCUCUCUAGAAAUCGGAGAUAUCCGAGGCGACACAGCCGCCAUGCAACAUUUCGGUCACAUCUGGGACAACCUCAGCCCCCAGAACUGGGUGGGUUUCGUCAGCAACAUCAUUGGCGGCUCCCUUUGGUCCCGAGGAGCGACGGCAGGCGCGGCGACUGUCACCGCCAAGACGUUGACGGUCGAGGACAUGAGCGAGCAGCUGGACGAGCUGCUGAGGCAGUCUAUUGUCGCCUUCACGCAGCGCUGGGGCGGACUGACGAACGAUGCAAGGGCUAGGAAACCUGGUGUCAAGCCCAUUGGCAAGGUCGAAAAGGAGCUGGAUGAGGUGCUGUUGAGGGCUUUUAGCAAUCAGCCCGAGGUGAUUGCGAAGCUGAAGGAGGCGAUUGAGAUUAAUGCGCAGGCGCAGGAGAAGGCGCAAGAGGAAAAGAAGGGAAUUAGAAGCGAGAGUCUACGUUUCGCCACCCGCGAGACACCGAAAAGUGUCUUGAGCCCGCACUAUCUCCGACUCUUUUUCCGCAGCCUGAUCGGCGGAGAGACACCCAAUGGACGCCGAUUUUCCAUUACAGAGAACCAAUUUGUUGAAAAUGUACAGGGUAGGGAGUUACACAAAUUCCUCGCGAUACUCGUCUUCGCCGGCUGUCGUAUAGAGGCAGCCAGGAACUUCACAGAGAAGCUAGCUGCUGUUCCCGAGUGGCCGCCGCCCGAGGACUGUGAGAUCUCUAGGCGCGUGUGUUCGUUACCAGCCGACCGUCAAAGCUUGACGGAGUUCUUUGACGGGGACGAGGCGACAGCCGAUAAGUUCUAUGGAUCGCAGGCCCUAUUCUGUACGGUGGUGCUUCGGCAACGAGAGGAGACUACGAUACAAGACGGUGAUACCCAGCGUCUACCGUACGUGGAAGAGGAGCUUCUGGGCUCGGGCUCAUUUGGAAGAGUGUACAAGGUGAAGAUUGCCAAGGGGCAUUUCGAAGACCGCCGCAGAAAUGACAACAGGGAACGAUGGGUGGCUCGGAAAGACUACAUUGUCAGGUCGUCUUCGGAUUCCGAUGUUGAAAGUAGGGAGGAAGGCGAGAUCAUGAAGAUGAUUCUCAGCUUGUCAAAGACGUGCGAGAACAUUAUGGAGAAUCUGGGGACGUUGAACAUCGAGUACCCAACGGGCGCCAGCCCGGCGCCGUACAGCCUCUUCAUGCCGCUCGCGGUCUGCGACCUGGGAGCGUACAUGAAAAAAGACGGGUCGAACGCUCCAAAGACAGCGAUCAACAGGGCAGGCUUCAUCCGGUCCGCAAUCGGUCUCGCCAACGGUCUCAAGUUUCUUCACGAAGAAAUGCAGACGCCCGGCCUCGACAGGAUAGUCUGUUACCACAUGGAUCUGAAACCGAGCAACGUCCUCAUUUUUCGAGAAAGCGGCAAUGGCGAUGGGACCGGGCCCCGCUAUAUCUGGAAGUUGAGUGACUUUGGCAUGUCAAGGGUCAAAAUUCGACAUCACACCAGCCGUGAGGAAGAAAAGGAUAUCGCCAAAUGGUUCACCAAACGACGCGAUAUGCAGCAGAGGACGAUGUCAGGAACACAGAAUCGACGCGGCCAGGGGACGUAUCUACCACCCGAGUCGUUCCGUGAGGGUAAAGUCAUGAAUACGAGAAGCGACGUGUGGUCACUGGGCUGCAUUCUGAGCGUCCUCUUCGUUUAUCUCGAGGGCGGAAAGAGCGCCAUCGACAAUUACGAGACCAACCGUCUCAAAAACCGUAGAGGCAUCGAUGCAAGCUACGACGUCUUCUUCCACGUCAAAUCAUUCGGACGCACUUCUGUGCAUUCGGCUGUAAAGAAUGUUCAUAAGCAACUAAUUCACAAAGCUGCCGCGAGAAGCGUGAAAGAACAUCAUGCAGUCCGGAGCAUGCUCAGUUUUCUCGGGUCCAAAGUAUUGAAGAUUAAUCAGAACAAGAGAUGCAGCGCAAAAGAGGUCGAAAAUAUGCUGCGACGCACGCUCGACGCGUAUGAGGAGAUUGAUCGGCUCGAAUCUUCCUCAGAGUCUUUGAGACCGCCCAAAUCCUCUAUGGAGCAGAUUGUGCAAAGAUGGCGCAUCCCGCGAGACAAUUCUGAUGUUUUCAAGGGUUGCAAGGUGUCACCGGAUGGAAGUAUGAUCGCGUACUGGAGCGACAGCAAGAUUUCACUCUUUGCCCCAAGUUCUGCCGAGAACGCAGAUGGAGAAUUCCUAAAGUGUUACAUAUUCGAUCUAGGGCAAGGGGCUACAGCCGACUCAAGCCCACAGAACCAUUGGCACAUUCGGCUUCCAACCGUUCCGGAAGUAUACAUCAUGGCGAUGUCAACCGAUCAACAGAACUUGGUCUUCGUAGUGGAGAACCAGGAAGACGAGAGCCUAUCGGGAUCCAUAUUCCAUGUGAGAAUCGAGGAUCUGAUAGAGAUGGGAUCUAUCUCAGAGGGGUAUGAGAUAGAACAGUGUGGCAGAAACUUGUUGGGCCGCUUCAUCGCACUCGACUGGCCUGCCGAAGACGUGAUGUCUUUAUCACUCACCAGCCAGGGCCGCUGCUACGCGGCGAUUCGCCCGUACCUUAGAAACGACGACAUACAUCACAUACCUGUUGUUUCAUAUUCUCUGACAACAAGAGAUAUAGAGGAAGUAUCCAUCGAGCCGCGGAGCCAAGAGAGCAACGGCUCAAGUCUAUUCACGACAUUUGCUGGUCUACACCAACAGGCAACUUGUAUUAUCGUGUCCCGAGAAACCCGUCUUUUCACCGUUGAUCUGCUAGCGAACUCAUCUAACUCACCGACGAGGCGAUCCCGAUACCCCAACAACAUUGAAGGUUACCGCAUCCUCAGAGUCAUGGUCAACCAGAACAACGAUGCCAUUUUCGCACUGGGAAUCAAACGAGAUGGUGGUCGGAUUCGUCUGCUUGAGAUCGUAAUACCCGAGAUGGGACGCCCGGUGUCUGUUCGCGAAUUGGCUCAGCUACCCAGUCUAUCUGAAGACGACGAGUUCACCGGCAACAUCGUUGGCGAUGACGGCAGCAGACAUAUCCUCGUCACUGCCCUUGUGGGACCCAGUCGGCACGCCGUCUUCGAGAUCAACCUCCCUGGCAGCCACGCUACAUCCGCAGGCCCGGGGUCUUCCACCUGA